AUUUUUCAAGAUGUUAUAUGUAUAGAAGAAAGUGCUUUGUGUAAUCAUAAAGAUGCAAAUACUUUCCCUAAAUUUUUUUAUGAAUACUAUCGCCGGUAUAUGGCGGCCUAUCGAUUGGUCAUCAAACACUGCUAAGCUGCUGUAUAAUGCAUUUACAUUUAUUGUACUAAUUUUGGAAUACUUUUUAAUGUUAACCCAAUUUAUGGACAUCGUUCUUGUUGUCGAUAAUAUUGAUGAUUUUGCUACUAAUACUCUAAUGUUCCUGACUAUUGUUGCUAUUUGUUGUAAAGCGACUGUCAUUAUAAUACGUCGGAAUUCAAUCAUUAGAUUGGUGCAAAAAUUAUUGAAGGCACCGUAUAAACCUCAAGACGAAGACGAAAUGGCCGUACAAACGAAAUGUGAUAAGUUUAUCAAGUCAUGGUCGAUAAAAUAUAUAGUUUUGGUGAUAGGUUCCGUUACAGGCAUCACAAUAGGGUCAGUGUUAAAUAUGAUGCAAGGUCAUUUACCUUAUAGAGUAUGGUUGCCAUACGAUACUAACGUAUCUUUGAUAUUUUGGAUUACAUCCAUUCAGCAAAUUGUAUCCAUUAUUUUUGGAGCGAUCAUAAAUGUCGGUACAGAAACUUUAAUUUUCGGAUUGUCUUUGCAAACUUGCGCCCAAUUUGAAAUUUAUGAACUUCGUCUUCGCAAAUUAGUGACUAGCAAAAUAACUAAUUAUUUGAAUCAUUUACCUGCAUCCUCAAAAAUUAGAAAAGUAGCAAUAUCGGAAUACAUACAUCAUCACCUUUGCAUUUACAGAUUCGCUAAAACAAUAAACAUGAUAUUUAACCAGGUAUUUUUCAUUCAAUUUUUUGGCAGCAUAUUAAUAUUAUGUACAAGUGUGUAUUAUGUAUCAACGCAUAUGAUGGAAUCUGAAAGUGCAACUCUGAUAAUUUAUACUUUUUGCAUGUUUGUACAAAUUUACUUAUUUUGCUGGUCCGGAAACGAAGUCAUACUUAAGAGUAUGAAUUUAAGAGAUGCAAUAUAUCAUACAGAAUGGUUUUUAUUAUCAAUCAGCGACAAGAAGGAACUCAUAAUGAUCAUGAUGCGUAGCACAAUUCCUGUUAAAUUUACCAGUAGUUUCUUGAUAACUUUAUCUCUUCAGUCUUUCAGUAGCAUCUUGAAAACAUCAUAUUCUGCAUUUAAUUUAUUACAAAAGUAA